AUGGCUGCCCUCCACGGCUGCCCUCCACGGCUGCCCUCCACGGCUGCCCUCCACGGCUGCCCUCCACGGCUGCUCUCCACGGCUGCCCUCCCCGGCCCUCCACGGCUGCCCUCCACGGCUGCCCUCCACGGCUGCUCUCCACGGCUGCCCUCCACGGCUGCCCUCCACGGCUGCCCUCCACGGCUGCCCUCCACGGCUGCCCUCCACGGCUGCCCUCCCCGGCUGCCCUCCACGGCUGCCCUCCACGGCUGCCCUCCCCGGCUGCCCUCCACGGCUGCCCUCCACGGCUGCCCUCCACGGCUGCCCUCCACGGCUGCCCUCCACGGCUGCCCUCCCCGGCUGCCCUCCCCGGCUGCCCUCCACGGCUGCCCUCCCCGGCUGCCCUCCACGGCUGCUCUCCACGGCUGCCCUCCCCGGCUGCCCUCCACGGCCGCCCUCCACGGCUGCCCUCCCCGGCUGCCCUCCCCGGCUGCCCUCCCCGGCUGCCCUCCACGGCUGCCCUCCACGGCUGCCCUCCACGGCUGCCCUCCACGGCUGCCCUCCACGACUGCCCUCCCCGGCUGCCCUCCACGGCUGCCCUCCCCGGCUGCCCUCCACGGCCGCCCUCCACGGCUGCCCUCCCCGGCUGCCCUCCACGGCUGCCCUCCACGGCUGCCCUCCACGGCUGCCCUCCACGGCUGCCCUCCACGGCUGCCCUCCACGGCUUCCCUCCACGGCUGCCCUCCACGGCUGCCCACACUCACUUUUCAAUAA